AAUACCAUUAAAUUACCUCCAAUGGGUCAGUUAUCAAUAAUCGCAAAAAAUUCUUGGAAUAAAGAAUCACAAGACGUAAAAAAUUUUUACAAAAAUCUAGCUAAGGAAGCCCGAUCUUUGUAUGAGCAAUACACUUUUCAAAUAAUAUAUGAUAAACGAAUGAAUAAAGUUGAAAAUGACCAAGGAAACAAGCAGGUUGCACCUUUGCAUGUAACAGGUGAAAUUUUUGCGGCUGAUUUGGGUUAUGCCAAUAGUACCCAAACUAAAGAUGUUGAGACUAUGAUCGAUGCGCAAAACUCAUCAAAUGGAUAUCUUACGAUUGAGGAUUCUACUGUCGAUGAUAUGGAUUCUUGUUUUAAUAAUGGUUCGACUAGCAUUUCUCAAGUUGGAACUUAUCCCAAACAUAACUUUUUAGAAGAUCCUAACGAUCAUGAGUAUAAGCAAAUGCUGAUAGAGGAAUUUGAAUAUUCUCUUAGGCAAUUAUUAAAGAUUAAGCAAUAG